AGAAGAAAGAAGGUGAUAAUAUUUCGUGAUUCCUUUCUUCUUAUAUCUUUCUUGUCUUUAUCUUUUUCCUUUCAAGCACGCACAGUAAAUUCCUAAACCCCGCUGAAGCUCAGAUCAAAUCCCUCAAAUUCAAUCAUGCAAAACCCUUCAACACCCGCCACCGGCUACCCUUACCCCGGCCAACCCGCCGGAACCGGGAAUGGCUACCCACCUCCGCCGCCGGGAACCACCUACUCUUACUCUUACUAUCCUUACAACGCUCCACCGCCUCCCAACCCACGAGCCAUCCUCUUCCGUCGUAUUCUUCUCUUCCUCAUCGCUCUUGGCCUCAUUUUCGGCACCAUUUUCCUCAUUCUAGUCCUUGUUCUCCGCCCUAGUCUCCCAAACUUCUACCUCAACUCACUCUCUCUCUCCAACUUCAACUCUUCCAAUAACCGCCUCACUGGAAAUUGGGAAGUCCAGUUUCAGGUCACUAAUCCUAACAAGAAGAUGUCUCUCUCCUAUGAGGAAGUCUUUUGCUCCAUCUUCUACGACUCCGACUCCCUCGCCCAGACCCGAAUCUCUCCCUUCAAUCAGGGGACCAAGGACCAGACCGUGCUUAAUGCCAGCUUGUCCGUGGUGAAUACUUACGUUGACGGGAAGGUGACCGAUUCCAUCAACAAGGAGAAGGCGCGUGGGAGAGUUGGGUUCGAUGUGAGGGUGAUGUCCUUGCUUGGGUACAGGUACGGAGGAUGGAAGGGGAGGAGGAGGGUGCUUGUUGUUUGGUGUGAAGAUGUCAUGGUCGGCGUUUCGUCCUCUACUGGUUCGGGGAAGUUGGAGGGUGGAGCGAAACGAUGCCGGGUUCGUUAAAGUAAGCGUUAACCUUAGCUGAUUUCUUUCUCCUUGUUCAUGGAUUUCUUCUAUAUAGAGAGUAAGAUGCCAUGUAUUACCUAAAUUUGAAGGGGAAGAAGAUGAGUAUAUGGGACUCUGUAAAUGUGGUAGGGUUGUUGAUUAAUUAGUAGGUAGGUGACUGUAUAUAUAUUUCAAUGUUCUCUUCUAUUGGGUUCCUUUCAAGGAGGAGAAGACUAAUUGCUGCAAUGUGUUCUGCACGUUUUAUUGUUCUUGAGACGCUACGUUGAUUUUACAUAAAGCUUAAUUUGUAGUUUUUGUAGUUUAUAUUCUCUAA